AUGGCUGCAAGGUGCGGCGCGGCGCAGGCGGCGGCGCGUGAACCUCCGCCGGUGCCAGUCGCUGGCACGCGGCCUGCGCACGCCGCGACUGAGAAAGAUGACAAAACGUCUCUCUGGAAGAAAAUGAAAAGCAUUACUAAAGAAGACUUGGAUUCAUUUGAUGGUCCAGAGCGGUUGGAUAUUUAUCGGUUUGAGAGCGAGAGUGCGACGCUCAUGGCACGCGGUGUGCCGCCGACACAAUUGGAGCGAGUGGUGAGGAGGAGUGCACGACCGGCCGCCAGACUGCUGGGCGAGCUGCUGGCGGCGCCGCGCCUGCUGGCUGCGCUGCCAGCCGCCCUGCUGGUAGUCAUGCUGCGGACCGCGUUGACGCCGGUGCGUGACACCGUCGUGGGAUUUGUACAGACACUGUCAGACUUUGUGCUAAAGCCCGCGCUGGCGCUGUCAUUCAACGCACUGCUGCAGCCGGUGUUGGUGUGCGCUGGGCAGGCGACGCGUGCACUGCGUGAAGCGCUGCAGCCGCUGACGUUGGCGCUGGCCGAUGCGGCGGAUCCGCCCGCGCGCCUCCUGGCCGCGUUGCGCCUCGUGCAUGUCGAGCGCCACUGCCACUGCGCGCAUGCUGUCUAA